AAAAUGAAAUGGAGUUAAAAGUGUAGAAGUGUGUCUUCCUUGCCAUUGCUUGCAGAUCCAUAACGUGGAGAAUUGUGGAGAGAAUUUUUUUGUUUUAAAAACGAUUCAACUAUAUACAAGUACAAGAAAAUUAAUUUCCACCAGAUUUCCAAUUAAAAUCGUUCAUCAGCAGAUUUUUUUCUGUCUGAAAUAAAAAUAACUGAACAUCAUUCACGAUGUCGGAAUCAAAGUGUCGUGCCUGUGGAUCCACUGAGAUCGAAACAGAUCCAGCGAGAGGAGACGCAGUAUGUACACAAUGUGGUGUUGUUUUGGAAGAUCAGUUGAUCGUCAACGAAACUGCCUUCGAAGAAUCACCAUCAGGGAACAUGACUCUUCUGGGACAGUUUGUCGCAAGCGACAGCACCGGUGGUCCUUACCAUUUUGGUGGAGCAUUUCCUAUGAGUGGCAAGGAAUCUAGAGAAAUCACCAUUCAGAACGCAAAGCGAGGAAUCACUCAUUUGUGUAAUCAAUUAUCAUUAGCUCAUCUUCAUAUUGAGACAUCAAUGAAUUUUUAUAAAAUGGCUCUUGCUCGUAAUUUAACUCGAGGAAGAAAGCAACAACUCAAUCAUGCUGCCUGCGUUUAUAUGACCUGCAGAACCAAUGGAACCCCACAUCUGCUGAUCGAUAUUAGUGACAUUCUACAAAUCUGUGUUCACGAACUGGGUAGAACUUACCUGAAAUUUGCUCAUGCCCUCUGUAUUCAAAUGCCGGCAGUGGAUCCAAUUUUAUACGUAUUGAGAUUUGCAAACAAAUUGGAAUUUGGAGAUAAAACCCAUGACGUUCAAAUGACUGCCAGUAGAUUGCUUCAGAGAAUGAAGAAGGACAGUAUUCACAGUGGCCGAAGACCUUCUGGAGUAUGUGGUGCAGCUCUUUUAAUAGCAGCGAGAUUGCACGAGUUUAAUAGAUCACCGGCAGAUAUUGUGAGAAUCGUAAAAGUACACGAAUCUACUUUACGCAAGAGAUUAAUAGAAUUUGGCGAAACUCCAUCCAGUGCUUUAACUUUAGAUGAGUUCAUGAAUGUCGAUUUGGAAGAGGAGCAGGAUCCACCUUCUUUUAAAAUGGCACGAAAAAGAGAUAAGGAACGAUUACAGAAGUUGGAUAAUUUUGAGCAAGAACUGGACGAACUGCAAAAGGCAAUUUUGCAACAAUUGGACAAAAGAACGACUAAAAGUGUAAAACAUAACUGUAAAUUCGUUGCUGAAGAAACCGAUGCAGAUAAAUUUAUCCGAGAGAGUAAUAUCAACGUAAUACGAGAUUGUCUUUCGGAUGAUGCUGAGACUUCGGUAAUUGAAGAGCAAGAAGAAAUAACUGGAUUAGGUCCAGAUAUUGCAUCCAUGAAUCUCUCUACAAGUUUAUAUGGAAAUGAAAAUGCGGUUAAAGAGAAACGUACGAUGCCAUUUGAAAACAUAUCUGGAGAAUUGGACAUAACUGGUUUGGAUGACGACGAAAUCGAUUCUUACAUAAUGUCCGAAAAAGAAGCUCAAGGUAAAAAUAGUCUGUGGAACGACGUUAACGCCAAAUAUUUAGAAGCCCAAAAAGAGAAAGAAGAGAAGCGAAAAAAGGAAAAAGAAGAAGGGAAACCAGAGAAGAAGAGAAGAAGAACGGCUGGUAGAAAAAAGAAUAAUCAAACUCCGGCCAACAGUGCAGGCGAAGCUAUCGAAAAAAUGUUGCAAGAGAAACGUAUAUCUUCUAAAAUUAAUUACGAAGUAUUAAAAAGCUUAGAUGUAGGACUUAAUGAUGCGAAUCAACGGAAUCAACCGCCAGAGUCGCCAUUCCUUUCGCCAUUAAAAGUCGAUAGAUUCAAUUAUUCUUCUUCAUCUUCAAUCGCCAAACCAAAACUAAAAUUAAAUCUCGACGUGAAACCAAAUUUCCAAGUACACAAGGAAAAUGUGACGAGAAAGAGGAAACUUUCACAUACGGAAACUACCACCGAAACAUCGGAAGAGCGCCCGGAACCUGAGAAUAAUGUAUCGGAAAUUGUCGACGAGGCAGACGACUACGUUGACGAUGAAGUCGAGGAGCAGGACCAACCAGAAAUGGGAAUGAAAGCUUUAUUGGGAGGCAAUGAGGAAGGCGACGAGGAUGAUUAUUACGGCUAUGAUGAAGAGGAAUAUUAAGGUGAUUCCUAAAACAAAAAUAGAAAGGAAUUAUUUCAUUUCUUCAAUGUUGGAUGUGCGCAUAAAUGAGAGUGGAUUAUUUAAGAAAGAAUGACUGUUAAACCUGGCGCCAUACACAGGUACCUUUGUAAAGUUUACUUUGUCUAUUUUUAAGAUUGUUUUCAUUUUCGACACUCGCAUUGCAUUCACUACAUUUUUAAAAAUAUCCUCAAUUUAAAUUCUUCUAUUUUACUAUUUAAAAAAAAGGAAUGCUAUUUUAUAUAUUAUUAAAAAAAAAGAAGGAAGUAUUAUUAAAUUAUUGACAAAUAAAAAUAUAAAAUAUAAAUAUACAUUUAUUUAUAAUGUACUCUAAUGAAAUUUUCAUAAAGCGAUAAAUAAUGUCAAUAACGAAAGAAUUUUACGAACAAAAUUUUCAUCGAAGAUGAUUAAAGAGUUUAUUUUUAACAUGAAAAUAUUAAUUUAAUCAUUAAACAACUACUACCUAAGAAUUUAUUAUUAAUUUAAUAAUGCAAUGCGAGAUGUGAAAACCAAAGUAUAUAGAAAGAGGGGGAAAAAAGUGUGAAAAUGUGUAUUUAGAUUGUAAAACAUUUUUUUGUGAUAGUCAAAAUUUUUUACAAGUACAUAAGUCCGAGCGAUACAAGACUGAUUACACAAUUUCUCGCAGUACAUUGUUUUUUUUUAUGUUAAAAAAACAAUCGUAUCGCCUUUACGUUUAUAAGAUUGUUAAAUAUUCAUUUACAUCACAUAUUUUAUUUUCAUAGAAAAAAGAAAACAAAAAGUCUCUCGUGUUUAUUUAGUACAAUUUGAAACUUUGUUUAUAUUACAAAGUUUAUAGUCACAAUUUUUUUUUUUUAAGAAUGAAAAACGUUGGUUUUUUUUUUGUAAAUGUCGAUGUUUUUCAUAGUUUGUGGUGCAAAGUACCAACUUCAAUUA